GCGGUUAUGUUCGCAGCGGCAAUGUCCCUGGCGCUGGUCGCUGCUAUUGGACAGCAGACUAGCAGCACGUACAGCUUGGGAAGUCAUUUAGACCGGGGGCCGUUUACCACGAAAAUACCGCCGAUAAACGCGAAAGAAGACACUAACAGUGUUAUCUAUAAUAAUAAUAAUAAUAAUAAUAAUAAUAAUAAUAAGGCUGACGAAGACGAGAGUGUAGGAUUAAGUAGUGAUUUGAAUUUAAGUGCAAUAUUUAAGAAUCCGGAGGCUCUUCAGAGACGUAUAGAGAUGAGCACCGAAUUUUUCAUCGUUCCGAAAACGCCCACGACCACGACCACAACUAAAACGAGCUCAACCACCAACAAAUGUACAGAUUGUGGCGCGGUUCCGGGGAGUAGCUCGGUUAAUUUCGGUAUACUUAGAAAUGAGAUUUGGGUUAUCCCUCUGCUAUCCUGUGCGGGAUUGACUAUGUUGCUUAUAAUUGCUUUCGAAAUUUUCGUUUUGUGCAAAGCCCGGCAAACAAUUCCUAGCAGGAGGCACUUGUUUUUGGGACAAAUGUUGCUGUUGGGACUGUUCUUUGGGGCCACGGUUUCGGCAAUAAUAACCAUGUCUCCUACGCAACUCACGUGCGCGGUGGUACGUUUUGGAACUGGGGUUGCGUACGCUAUUAUAUUUUCGUCCCUCUUGGUGAAAUGCAUAUUUCUCAUAAGUUUGAAUAGUGGCGUAUAUCUCCCUGCUUCGUACCAGGGCUUGCUAUUAUUUUUCGCCAUCCUCGUCCAAAUAGCCAUCGGAAUCCAAUGGUUGUUCACCAAUCCUCCGAUUGUGGACACGGUAAAUUUUGACAAUGCGGUCGCGCCACAACUAUCAGUAACUGCAGAUGACAUAGCCAGUUCGAUGAUAGUGCCCCUAUGUCGCACCACGUACGUCAGUAUGCUGUGGUCGUUGAUCUACGUCAUUUUCCUGAUACUUUUCGUCACGCUGCUAGCAUUUAAAUCGAGAGGCAUCUGCGAUAAUUACAGGGAAGCACAAUUCAUCGGUCUGUCGGUCGGUUGCAGUAUACCGAUGUGGUUGGUGUGGAUCGCGAGCGGUUUCGUGGUCAAUGAGAGGCACAAGGACGCAUGUUUAGCAUUCGGUCUCGUCGUUACUUCUAUCGUCGUAUUCCUCGUAAUGUUCAUGCCUAAAAGUCGUCAAUUGGCCGCGAUGGGCAAGGAAGGUCUCUACCUGGAGGAUCGGGAGGAACGAUUCAGCUCGCUCAGUCGAGCCGGAUCAGGAUAUUCUCCCUCCUUUUACCACUUCAAACCGACCAAAUAUGGAGUCAUAAGUCACAAACAUCCGGCAGCCUCGCUAUCCAGAGAUCGCAUCAUCUUGUACCCGGCUCCACCCAGUUACUCUAGAACAUGUCAUUUCUUCCCCGGCCCGCCGGGUUACUACCCUUCAAGGUAUUUUCCAGGUGGUGUUUUUCUGCGACCAGAUGAUGGCAACGUCUAUACAACUUUAGAACAAACCCUAAGCACUAAUCCUAACGUCUACUUCCAGCGAGGUAGCGGGGUUCAUCCGGGAAUGAUGUAUUAAGAACUUAUUUAACUUAUUAAAUAAAUCUACUUUCACUUACAUACAUAUGUCCUUAUGUGCCAGUUAAAAGUAGUUACAUUUCAAUUUCCAUAAAAUAAUUUUACAUAAUUAAUAAACGAAAUCAAAGAUUAUACAUUAAAAAGAAAGGGCCAUUUCUCCCUUUUAAGGCUGUGAUGCACCUAUUACACGAAAAACUGCAACAGUUUCAUUUAUAAAUGCGUAUUUAAGCAAUAAUAGUUUAUCAAUUUUAAUUUGUAACUUACUUUAAGAUAAAAUUAAAGAUCUAAGACAAUUUACACCAGAUACAAAUAUCCUCUAGCGUCAAAUUUUAUGAAACAUUAUUAUUAGACUUAAGGUAAAACCAUUUAUUUAUAAAGAUACUAUUAUAUUUUACUACUUUCUUAUAUAAAUAGCACAAUUUUCAAUAUAACUUAAUACGUCUUUGUAAAAAUAGGAAAUUUAUGUAAACUCCUUGUUAAAGGAUUCUACGAUUUAACUUACAACCAGCUCAUAUUGUAAUGUAAGCCCGAAAAGUUAAAUAAUAUAUAAGGACCCUUCCUUUUAGUUUUUAUACAAUUACGUGCCAUAUUGGUGCAUUAAUUAGAUAAUAUAAUUUAGUACCCUUUCUAAAUAAUAAGUAUAAUUUGUCUCAUAUUAAGUAAC